AUGAAUUGUGAAGCUUUGAUGAAUCAAGAUGAGCACAUUCAAUCAAUUUUGCACAAACAGUCAAAGCAAAUGCGAAAUGAUUAUCGUAUCCGUCUCAAUGCUUUGAUUGAUUGUAUCAGAGUUUUGUUGCGACAAGGGAAUUCAUUUCGGGGUCAUGAUGAGACUGAAGGUUCUCUUAAUCUGGGUAACUUUCUUAUUCUAUUGGAGUUUUUAGGUGCUCAUAAUAAAGAGAUUAAUGAUGUGAUAUUGAAAAAUGCUCCUAAAAAUUGCAAGUUAACAUCACCGGAUAUUCAGAAGGAUAUAGUAAGAGUCUGUGCAUCUGAAAUAAUUAAUGUUAUUAUCAAAGAUAUUGGUAAUUCAUUAUUCUCUGUUUUAGUUGAUGAAUCUCGUGAUGUGUCAAUGAAGGAGCAAAUGUCAGUUGUUUUGCGCUAUGUGGAUAGUAGUGGGCAUGUAAAUGAGCGUUUUAUUGGAAUUGAACAUGUUACUAGUACUACAUCACUCUCACUUAAAGCUGCUAUUGAUAAGAUGUUCUCUAAAUAUAAUUUGAGCAUAGCUAAUGUGAGAGGACAAGGUUUUGAUGGAGCAAGUAAUAUGCAAGGUAAAUUUAAUGGUCUAAAAGCACUCAUUUUAAAGGAGAACCCAUGUGCAUUUUACAUACAUUGUUUUGCCCAUCAGCUUCAACUAGCUUUUAUAGCUGUGGCCAAGAAAAAUCUUUCGAUUUCUAAUUUCUUUCGUAUUGUUGGUGAUGUGGUAAAUGUUGUUGGAUCAUCUUGCAAACGUUCUGAUCUUCUUAAGGAGAAACAUUCAAAUUUUAUUGUUGAGGCACUAGAGAGGGAUGAAAUUUCAAGUGGUCGAGGACUUAAUCAAGAAACUACCCUUCAAUGUGCUGGGGAUACACGUUGGGGGUCACAUUACAAUUCUUUGAUCAGUUUAAUUUCUAUGUUCUCUGCUGUCAGUGAUGUGCUUGAAGUGAUUUCAGAAGAUGAUUCUAGUUCUCCUGAUCAAAAAACUGAGGCAUUUAAUUUAUUGGAGUCAAUACUUUCAUUUGAUUUUGCAUUCAAUCUACACUUGAUGAAACAUGUCUUAGGGAUUUCGAGUGAAUUGUCGACGACAUUACAAAAGAAAGAUCAGGAUAUUGUAAAUGCAAUGGAUUUGGUACAACAUCGUCGCUGCCACCCGCCUGUCUGCCGGUCGCUUGACCCACUACCUCCGGACGCUAUCGCGACUGGACGCUCUCCACUGGACGCAAUCGUGCCAGAUUCCGGUGAGAUCGCGGUCGAAUUCCGGCGCGAUCGUGGCCGGAAUUUGGCGCGAUCGCGUCUAGUCGCGAGCGCGUCUAGUCGCAAGCGCGUCAGGAAUCCGGCUGCGAUCCCGCCGGAUUCCGGUCGCGAUCGCUUCCGGAAUCUGGCGCGAUCGUGGCCGGAUUCCGGACGUGCUCGCAACUGGACGCGAUCGCGCCAAAUUCCGGCCACGAUCGCGCCGGAAUCCGACCGCGAUCUCACCGGAAUCUGGCGCGAUUAG